CGCAAGAUUCACUGAAAAUACACCAUAAUCUACGUCACAAUGUGUUUCAGUGAUACGAAAAAUGCAAAAAGGAAAAGCAUAACGGUAGAGUAUUCGAGUUCUCGUUUGUUUUAUUCAACGACUAUAAUUUAAUGUUUGAACAAAAUCUUUGACGGUACUUUGUUUCGACAUAUCUCGAGAGAUAUAUUUCAAGGAUGCAAAUAUAGCGCUGCCAUCGGUUGAAACCUUCCAAAUAUUAUAAAAUGGUAUAAAGUUUCAUAAUAAACAGUAAAGGUGAAAAAUAUCCCAUCGUAAACAAUAAAUAUUAAAAACAAGGAUCGUCGUUAAAACGGCAUGAUUUCGAACACAGAGCAUUUCCACCAGAGAACAGGGAUGGAAACGCGCAGUUACCAGUAAUCGAGGUAAAAAUCAGCUGGGCCAGCGAAUCUGUGUCAGGCUGGGGGAUCUAAACUAGCACGAGGCUUUACCGAAUAUUCAGUAUUCGGCCGUCCUCCUCGCUAGGUGGUAGUGCGGUGCUCUACAGUUUGCAUCACCGCAAUACCGCGCGUAUUACCGUCUAUCUAGUCUACUUCCUAUUUUAUCCUAUAUUAUUCUUAAUUUUUUAUUCAAAUCAAUUACACUGCGGGAUCAUUGGACACUUCGAAUGUAUAUGUAUAUAUAUAUGUACGUGCAUGCGCUCGCGCGCACUUGUGUAUGUGAGUCGACAUACAUACAACGCGAUAUUACAAAUUAGUACACGAUUAAAAUUCAUUCUUCAACGUGAUAGAGAAGCAACGAACUAAAUUACAAUAACGAAAUGGUAAAUAACUAAGUGACUAAAUCGUGACUGAAUACAAGCGAAUAAAAAUGAAAUCAAUGAAAUCGCAAAACGACCAUAUGAUAAUCGCGAAAUAACGAUACGGGACGUCGUUUGACAAAAUACUUUUCGCGUAAGUGAUUAAUAAAAUGUGGAAAAAAUGUGACAAUGACCGUUUGAUAGUCCUAAAUGGCCGAAAACAACCGAGUAUCGUACCAGAACGGUACUCCUUUUGGUCAUGACGUUUGAAUCUUUUCCCGCGCGAUAACCGAUCAAACAGUAAAUCGAAAAAUUUAUUCGUUUCGAUCUUACGCCCAACGAUUAUAUGUGUUAGAAUCGAAAAGCGAACCAAAAAAGAAAGACAACUUCCCAAGUUGUAUGACCUCAAGGCGAUAUAUAAUGUUUAUCGUGGAUGAUCGGUAUCAUACUUCGUACACCACGUUGUGUUCGCAGUAGAAAUAUUUAUAAUAACUUUUAAUAAAUGGAAAGAGUGUGAACAUCAAAAUGGUGUAUGUCUAACAUCCAUUAUCGAUAACCGCGAGGAGAAAGAAAUUGUAAAAAAAAUUGUUAUUUAGCGUUAGAAUAGUGAACGUAGAAGUACGCGUGUACUUGAACACUUGAAGAACGUUGUAUGAGACGAAAAACUGGGCAAAAUGUUCAAUCUAUAUCAAAAUUUGAACAAAAAGGACGAAGAUCACAAAGAGUCGGACGUGACCGGACACGAUAGAUUCUGGCAGGAACGUCCGAGGACGCGUCGAAAGCGUCGUGCCGUUAAUCGAAGGACUCAGAGCGCCAUCGAAUUUGAUUCCGAGGCUAUAGUUUCCGCCCGAGGCACUCUUCGUCGUGGAAGAAGCGCGAGCAUCGAAGAUGAAGAUAGCGACGAAGAAAAGAGUUACCAAUUGACCAACAAAAUCGACAAUCUAGCUAAAAUACUAUUUAGCCGCGUAUCCGCUGCUCGAGGUUGCAAGGAUUCCGAUGUCAGAGAGAGAUGGCUGCUCGCUAAUAACGCGACCGAUCCAGUUUGUAGUGGUUGGUGUGUACAUCUAAUCUGUUAUUGGUAUCGUUCAAGGAAUCGUUCAUUGGAACAAGAAGUUAUUCAUAAGCGAAAUUAUAAUUUUUCGGCUAAAUUGGAAGAUGAUACCACUGAUUGGAAUGGAAGGCAUAAUUACACGGCGUUGGAUCAUGGACCAUCUGUUUGCGAAAAUGUUGGCGAGUACAUGGAAAUGGAAAAAAGAUCGAGGGACCGUGCCUUAUCAAUUUGUCAGGCCUAUAUCCGUAGAACACCGCGCUACAGUCUCGUCAAGCAGCUGAAUAAUCUCGGCUCUAGAAUGGACAAACAUUGGUUCAUAGUAAGAGAUACUUCUUUAAAAACCGAUCGACUGAUUACGUUAGCUCCGUUAAAUAGAAACUGCUCAUUGAGCAUAACUCCAUUGACAAAGAACGUUUUGAACGACUUAUUCUUAGCCUUGCAACAUCCGUAUAUAUGCCCUAUAUUCGAUAUCGAUUUCCUUGAAUUGGAAAGUCAAAACUACGUGGUCGUAGUUCAACCAAUCAGUCAAGGCAGCCUGAAAGAUUUGAUAUACGGGAUCGAAAGAACGGGUUGGAACGAAGACUGGAAUCAGAAGUACGGUUCUCGCGGUAAAGGACUUCCUUUACCUCAGGUUCAACAAAUGGGACGUCAAGUGCUAGAGGCGUUGACUUUUUUAAAAGAAAGAGGAUUUCCAACGGUAAUCCAUUUACAUUCGGGAAAUGUGCUCGUUCAAAAUGGUGUCGCACGUCUCGCCGGCCUAGAAAACACGCUCCUCGGUUUCACCAGCCGAAUACACCCACUAAUCGCUUCUCGUAUUUCGCAAAAUAUUUCGAUUGAUAUGAUAUGUUUCGGUCAUAUGUUGUUUGAGAUGUGCGCUGGAUACGAAUUACCAUCGUUUAAACCAAAUUCCACGCAUCUAUCGGACGUUGAAAUAUAUCCACAAGUCGUCGAGUUACUCCAGUUCAUAUUUGGUGAAUCAUCUAAUCGUCAGAAGAUUAUUGAGGAGCUCCUUGUACAUGAUUUAUUCAGAAAUAUUGAUCUUCGUGAAAUGCGAAGUGCUCCUGUUACGAUAUUUCGUCCAACAUUAACACCGCCAGUAGUAAAUUUACUCGACGGUAUUAAACGACAAAAUGCCAAUAAAAGGCAGAGAUCGCGUUCUAUAAGCGACGUGUAUUUGACAGGCAAAUUUUGGUAAUGACAUGAAGGAUCCGAUUAAUCGAUCUAAUUCUUUAAAAAUCUUCAUGAUAGAAUGUAACUUUUAUCUUUUUCAUAUUGCAGAACCACACAGUUGGAUAUCGUCGAUGAAGAUACAACGUCUCUACAUAGAUCACAUACCGUUUGCAAGAAUUCUUUACUCGAUGAGAUUUAUAACGAGCUUUCAAACACGGCUGUAUAAUUGUGGGAACAAAAUUUGUUUCAUCGCGAUUUUAUCUUUAAUAUAUUCGUACGUUUCUCUACCGAGUGCCAAAAGUUAUUCCAAUCUCUAUUUCUAGUAUAGUUAUUCAAUUACAAAUUUAAUAUGAAAAAGAAAAGAAACAAGAAAAGAAUUAGAGAUAAAACAAGGAAAAAUAAUAUGGAAGGGGCAAUAAAAAGUGGAAAAAAAAGAAAAAAGAAAAAAAUAUAAAUCUUACAAGAGUAAUGUAUUUUAUUAUUUAAAAUAUCAAAAGACACACAAGAUAUCUACGCGUUUAUGGAAGAAGCUUGAAAAUAAUAAAAUGUCAUCUCAUAUGAAUUGUAAAUUCAAUCCCUUCUAUCACAAAUUAUUCCUACAUAUUUUUACUAUUCAAUUUUCAUUGAAUUUCGUCCCACGUCGACGAAACAACGUUGAAGAUGAAAAUGAACUAUAUCAAAAGGUAUUGUCAAAUACAUCAAAUGCUCACAAUUACGCUCAAUUUUCAAUCAAUUCAGAACCAAUGGAAUCAAAAUGUUCAGGAUAAUACUUGAGUUGUUAAACAUUUAAUAAGAUUCGAAUAACAUAAACGUGUUCCUAUCAUCUCGCAAUGAUACCCUGCGAUCUUCAUUUACCAAAACUAAAACAUAUGAUGCUUUGAAUUAAAAAAAGAGAAACUAUACUUCAUCGAAAACCAUUUUAAACUCAUUCUAUUGUAUAGUGCACACUUAAUUUUACAUAUAAACGUAAAAAACUUUCAACACAUCACGAAA